AUGGAGCAUAUGUCUGGUCUUAUGCGAACGACAUAUAGGUCGGAGAGUGAGAAUCAUUUUUUUGGUCAAGUGUGCAAUUCGAAAGCUACUCUUGUUGAGUUCAUGACGCAUUACGAGACUGCAAUAGAAGCACAACGUCACACACAUUAUAAAAAUGAUCAUGAAUCUCGAUACAAAAGACCCCAGUUGAAGAGUAGUUACAAAUUGUUGGAAGGGCAAGCUGUUGACAUAUACACAAAAAGUAUUUUUUGUGAUGUUCAAGCUGAGCUUAUUGGAUUUGCGGAUUGCAUAAAUAAACGUUACGAAGAUCAGCCUGAUGGGUUUGUUAAGUUUUACGUAAAUGACUUCCAACAGCCUUACAAAUAUUCUAUGCAUGGCGUUAUAAAGAUAUUGUUUUUGGAGUUUUUCAGGGAAGUUCCAAAACAAUACAUUCUGAAUAGAUGGCGCAAAGAGGCUUCGCCAAACUGCUCUCCUGAAUGCUCAAUUAGUCGUGAAUAUAUGACCGAGCUUGAUCCUGAUGUGCAAAGUAUGAUGCGAGAUAUUAUUUUUUCAACCGAAUACACUUUGAACCGUUUAUAUGGCAAUAAAGAGGAGCUAUCCUUAUACAAGGAUCAUGUUCAAUCCUAUAUGAAGAAGGUUCAAGAUAUGCAGAUUGUUGCUCCUCCCGCUAGUUCUAGGGAUAGAUUUUCCGAGAUAACCGGUCAAUAUAAAAACGACAAGAAUCCAAUAAGAGUCCCUGUAGGUUAUAAAUCCAAAGGUUCUGGUUCUCGGAAGCGCUUGAAAUCUAAACAGGAAAUAGCAAUCGACAAAAAGCAAUUAAAGUCGAAACCCGGGGCCAAAGAAAGACAGUGUCAGAACUGCAAAGGCUAUGGACACUACGCAUCGACAUGCAAACAGGCCGUAAUUAAAAGAAGACCGACAAGGUCUUUGAGAGCCAGUGAAGAGUAG